CCGCGCGCCUCGGGAGGACGCGGGAACUGGGGAAUGCCCAAAAGCGCGGAGGAAAGCAGGCCCGGAACCCCAGAGUCCUUAGGGUACUCCGAGGUCUUGGGCGCGAUUCUCCCCUAUGCAGCACCCCCCCAGCCAGAACGGCCAUGAUUUCCCAGUUCUUCAUUCUGUCCUCCAAGGGGGACCCGCUCAUCUACAAAGACUUCCGUGGGGACAGUGGCGGCCGGGAUGUGGCCGAGCUCUUCUACCGGAAGCUGACGGGACUGCCAGGAGACGAGUCCCCGGUUGUCAUGCAUCACGAGGGCCGUCAUUUCAUUCACAUCAGACACAGCGGCCUCUAUUUGGUGGUCACAACUUCAGAAAACGUUUCUCCCUUCGGCCUCCUAGAACUGCUCUCCAGGUUGGCCACCCUUCUGGGCGAUUACUGUGGCGCCCUGGGUGAGGGGACCAUCUCCCGCAACGUGGCUGUGGUCUACGAGCUCCUGGAUGAAGUGCUGGAUUAUGGCUACGUACAGACCACAUCUAUGGAGAUGCUGAGGAAUUUCAUCCAGACGGAAGCUGUGGUCAGCAAGCCCUUCAGCCUCUUUGACCUCAGCAGUGUUGGCUUGUUUGGGGCUGAGACACAACAGAGCAAAGUGGCCCCCAGCAGUGCAGCCAGCCGCCCCAUUCUGUCCAGUCGCUCUGACCAGAGCCAGAAGAAUGAAGUUUUUUUGGAUGUGGUUGAGAGAUUAUCUGUACUGAUAGCAUCUAAUGGCUCCCUACUGAAGGUGGAUGUGCAGGGAGAGAUUCGGCUCAAGAGCUUCCUUCCCAGUGGCUCUGAGAUGCGCAUUGGCUUGACGGAAGAGUUUUGUGUGGGGAAGUCAGAGCUGAGAGGUUAUGGGCCAGGAAUCCGGGUCGAUGAAGUCUCAUUUCACAGCUCCGUUAAUCUGGACGAGUUUGAGUCUCAUCGAAUCAUCCGCUUGCAGCCACCUCAGGGCGAGCUGACUGUGAUGCGGUACCAACUCUCCGAUGACCUCCUCUCACCACUCCCCUUCCGGCUCUUCCCCUCUGUACAGUGGGACCGAGGCUCAGGCCGGCUCCAGGUUUACCUGAAGUUACGAUGUGACCUGCCCUUGAAGAGCCAAGCCCUCAAUGUCAGGCUGCACCUCCCCCUGCCUCGAGGGGUGAUCAGCCUUUCUCAGGAGCUGAGCAGCCCAGAGCAGAAGGCCGAGCUGGCAGAGGGAGCCCUUCGCUGGGACCUGCCUCGGGUGCAAGGAGGCUCUCAACUCUCAGGCCUUUUCCAGAUGGAUGUCCCAAGGCCCCCAGGACCUCCCAGCCAUGGGCUCUCCACCUCAGCCCCUCCUCUGGGGCUGGGGCCUGCCAGCCUCUCCUUCGAGCUUCCCCGGCACACGUGUUCCGGCCUCCAGGUCCGCUUCCUCAGGCUGGCCUUCAGGCCCUGCGGCAAUGCCAACCCCCACAAGUGGGUGCGACACCUGAGCCACAGCGACGCCUAUGUCAUUCGGAUCUGAGGAUCCCCUAAUGAGGAUACAGUGGCCAAGGCAGCUGUUUGUCCCAUGGGAGGAGGACAGUCUUUUCCAGCUUCCUGGCCUGCAGACUCUGGGCAGGAAGAGUCCUGAGUCCUGAGAGACCAGGAGGGCACAAUGGGCGCAGCCUUUCCAUGGUAUAUGAUGCAGGAAGGACUGUGGUGCAUCAGAACUUAGAAACCAAACUUUUAUUCUGAGGAACUGGCUGUACAAUAUCUAAAAAGAAAGUGACAUGAAGGAAGCAAUCUACAACUUCCUUCUGCCUAGUGUGCA